AUGAUGAGAACGUACUGGCAAAGAUUGUGGCCGAAGAGAAGGAGAGCCGAGAGAGGUUACCAAAGUACCCUGGCUUGGAGAGGUGGGCUUUGAAGGAGAAGAUGGGCGAUGGUGCCUUCAGCAAUGUCUACAGGGCGGCGGAUACCAAGGGGGAAUACGGAGAGGUUGCUAUUAAGGUUGUACGGAAAUACGAAUUAAGCGCAUCACAGAACAACGGCCAUCUGCAUCCCGAUUUUAAAAAGGUUCCGAAGACAGUAGAGAGGUCAAACAUCUUAAAAGAAGUGCAGAUAAUGCGAGGGCUCAAUCACCCAAAUAUUGUCUCAUUGAUUUCAUUUUCGGAAUCACGAAGUUUCUAUUACCUUGUUUUGGAGCUAUGUCCCGGGGGCGAAUUAUUCCACCAGAUCGUUCGUUUAACAUAUUUCUCAGAGAAUCUUAGCAGACAUGUUAUCGUACAGGUAGCAGAGGCGCUCAGACAUUUGCAUGAGGAAAAAGGUGUCGUGCAUAGGGAUAUUAAGCCUGAAAAUCUACUAUUUGAACCCAUUCCCUUUAUUCCAACCAAGAACCCUAAACCCCGGGCCCCAGAAGAUGAGGACAAAGUGGACGAGGGCGAAUUCUUGCCCGGCAUCGGAGCUGGUGGGAUUGGUCGGAUCAAGGUUGCCGAUUUCGGUCUUUCGAAGGUUGUAUGGGAUAAUAAAACGAUGACGCCUUGUGGAACUGUUGGAUACACCGCUCCUGAGAUUAUCAAGGAUGAACGAUAUUCGAAGAGUGUCGAUAUGUGGGCUAUGGGCUGCGUUUUGUACACUCUGUUAUGCGGAUUUCCACCUUUCUACGACGAGAGUAUCUCGGUGCUCACCGAGAAGGUCGCAAAGGGCCAAUACACAUUCCUGUCACCAUGGUGGGACGAUGUUUCCAAGUCCGCUCAAGACCUCGUAUCCCACUUAUUGACCGUCGACCCGGAGAAGCGCUACACAAUUCACGAAUUCAUGGCCCAUCCGUGGAUCCGAGGGACAGACGAAGAGACAACUGCAGCCCUGGAUGCCCCGCCUCUCGCCACACCCGUGAUCAGAAACGCAAACAAGGCCUUCACCCCAAUGGUCGUCGAACCGGACUUUGGUCCAGACACGGGUGGCCCAGGCGCCGCUAAAAGAAUGGACUUCCGUUCCCCGGGCGUGGUCAGCUUGCGCGAGGUCUUCGAUGUGGGAUACGCAGUACACAGAAUGGAAGAAGAGGGCAAGCGCCGGAAGAACUGGAAGCAGGGCUACCGCGGGGGUCCUCAGCCCCUGAAUGAGGAGGACGAAUUCGACUCGGAAGACGACGAGGUGGGUGAGCCUGUCAAGAUCCCGAAGGAGAGCGAUGCGGACGACGUCGCGGGCAUGGAGCAAACCCUCCGACAGACGGAUCUGAACGCGGGGAGCACGUAUGCUGGCAGCGUAGCGGCUGCGAGGGGAGCGGGGGUCUCGGGGCUGGCAAAGCAGCAACAGGUUGGUGGUGGUGGUGGUGCGAAGCAGGUGACGGCACCAUUAUCCGGGCGAACGAGAAGGAAACAGGGAGGUCCAUUUGAGCUCUCACUUGAAAACUCGACGCUGUUGGGACGGAGGAAGAGGACCGAUCAACCAAUUGAAGCAUGAUUUAUUGACCGAUGUUUGAUUGAAACAGUGAGAAGGUGUAUUACUCGCAUACAAACCUGAGGCGGGUGGGAUUUCACGAUAUACAUAUGGACGAGAAAUGAGGCAGGGGCAUGUAGCAUUUUUUAUUUUUUUUCCCUUUUUCUUCUGGUCAUCACCAUCGUUUUUAUUUUUCUGCCUUUUUCUUGCUCAACUCAAGCAUGAACCCACUAUAUCUACAUUCGUACUUUGCAGAUCACCAAUUCCGUCCUCAAUAAAUACCAUCUCAGCCCGCUGUGCAAAAAAAAAAAA